GUACCGAAGCGCGUUUACGUCACUUAGGACGUCCAGGAAGUGAAGUGUAGUGAACACGUGGGUCUCGCAUACAUCGCUUCUCAAAAGACUGACUUUCGAAUCUCUGGCUAAUAUCAGUUAAAUAUCCAAAACAUGGCAGUCCGAGCAUCAUUUGAGAAGAAUAAUGAAAUUGGCUGCUUUGCCAAGCUCACAAACACAUACUGCUUGGUUGCGAUUGGCGGCUCUGAAAACUUUUACAGUGUCUUUGAAGGAGAGUUGUCAGAAACAAUCCCCGUUGUUCAUGCGUCUAUAGCAGGAUGUCGUAUUAUUGGCAGAAUGUGUGUGGGAAAUCGUCAUGGUCUUCUGGUGCCUAACAACACAACGGAUCAGGAAUUACAGCACAUUAGAAACAGCUUGCCAGAUUCACUCCGGAUUCAAAGGGUAGAAGAGCGUCUCUCCGCGCUGGGAAACGUCAUUGCUUGUAACGAUUACGUUGCUCUGGUUCAUCCGGAUCUAGACAGAGAAACAGAAGAGAUUUUGGCCGACACUUUAAAAGUGGAAGUUUUCCGACAGACGAUCGCAGAACAGGUGCUUGUUGGUAGUUAUUGCACCUUCAGUAACCAGGGAGGCCUGGUCCAUCCUAAAACCUCCAUAGAAGAUCAAGAUGAGCUUUCUUCACUCCUGCAAGUGCCUUUAGUAUCCGGAACGGUGAAUCGUGGCAGCGAGGUGAUCGCUGCCGGUAUGGUGGUGAAUGACUGGUGUGCUUUCUGCGGAUUGGACACUACGAGCACUGAGCUGUCGGUCAUCGAAAGCAUUUUCAGAUUGAGUGAGACGCAGCCCAGUGCCAUAGCUACUACUAUGAGAGAUUCACUUAUUGACAGCCUCACAUAAAACCGAAACGAGGAUAUUUGUGGGAAUAUGCCUGCAGAUGACCUUGAUGGUUUGAAGCCUGAAUAUAUCUUCUUUGAGGAAGAAAUGCACUCUUCAUACCAUGAGAAAUGUCAUCAUUGUAAUAUUCAUGUUUAAAGGGUUGUCAGUUUUUGUAGAAGGCUAAGACAAAAACCGUCUGUGUGAAUGAUGGCUUAUUUUAACCAAAUCAUCCAUCUUCAGACGUGGGUAAACAACAUUAUGUCUUCAAAGAGACACAUUUUAUUUUGCACCAUCAAAUAAACUUUGCAUCAUCAUGCAACUUCCACAAACUGCUCUUAUGUAGUAUGUUAUACGUUUUGAAUAUAAAUAAAAAGGCUUUUGACAACA